GCCGCAGGAAGAUGAGGCAGCGGCCGCGGCCGCGGGCGUAGCGGGCCGGACCGAGCCCAGCGACGCGGCGGGCGGGCACCGCGGGCUCCUCGCACGCCGCCUCGGCCAGCGCCCGGGCCGCGCAGGGCCCGCGGGGCGGACACGCGGGGGGCCGGGCCACGCGCCGCCGCCCACGCGCGCCCUCGGGGCCCGCGUCGCCGCUUUGUCCGGGGCGGGGGGUGGGGUACCGUUCAUGCCGCCGCCCCCCGCGCGCUGCGGGCCGGGCCGCGCCGAGCAGGGCUGUCUUUCGGCCUGAGGAGCCCACCCCGGCCCCUGGCCCCCGGCCCCCAGGAGCUGCUGGAGAAUGAACCAGCCGCAGAGGAUGGGCCCUGUGGGCACGGACAAGGAGCUCAGCGAUCUCUUGGACUUCAGCAUGAUGUUCCCCCUGCCGGUGGCCAACGGGAAGAGCCGGCCCGCCUCCCUGGCCGGGGCCCCCUUCGGAAGCUCAGGCCUCGAGGACCGCCCCAGUGCGGGCUCGUGGGGCGCCGGCGAGCAGAACAGUUCAUCGUUCGACCCCGGCCGGACCUACGGCGACGGCACCCACUUUGGCGAGCCCCACGGCAGCCUCGCUGCGUCCACGUUCCUGGGCCCCGGGCUCGGAGGCAAGGGCGGAGAGCGGGGCGCGUACACCCCCUUCGGGAGAGACGCCGCGGCCAGCAGCCUGACUCAGGCCGGCUUCCUGCCCGGUGAGCUGGCCCUCGGCAGCCCGGGGCCGCUGUCCCCCUCGGCGGUCAAGGGCGGGUCCCAGUAUUACUCCUCCUACUCGGGGCACCCUCGGCGGAGAGCAGCGGACGGCGGCCUGGACCCUCAGCCCAAGAAGGUCCGGAAGGUGCCGCCUGGUCUCCCGUCCUCGGUGUACCCAGCCAGCUCAGGUGAUGACUACGGCAGGGACACCGCCGCCUACCCGUCCGCCAAGACCCCCAGCAGCACCUACGCCGCCCCCUUCUAUGUGGCAGACGGCAGCCUGCACCCCCCGACCGAGCUCUGGACGCCCGCGGGCCAGGCGGGCUUCGGGCCCGUGCUGGGCGGGGGCUCGGCGGCCCUGCCCCUGCCGGCAGGCGGCGGCAGCUCCAUGGGCGGCGGCGGCGGCGGCGGCGGCGGGUUCGGCGGCCUGCAGCAGCACGAGCGCGUGGUAGGGCCCGCGGGGUGGCCGUGGGGGGCGGGGGUGUGGGCAGCACGCGCUGACCCCGCCCCUGCACAGGGCUACCAGCUGCACGCGGCAGAGGUGAACGGCGGGCUCCCGGCUGUGUCCACCUUCUCCUCGGCCCCCGCGGGCGCCUACGGCAGCGUCUCCAGCCACACGCCCCCUGUGAGCGGGGCCGACAGCCUGCUGGGCUCCCGUGGGACCACGGCCGGCAGCUCCGGGGAUGCCCUUGGGAAGGCGUUGGCCUCGAUCUACUCCCCGGAUCACUCAAGCAAUAACUUCUCAUCCAGCCCCUCCACCCCCGUGGGCUCCCCACAGGGCCUGGCAGGGACGUCGCAGUGGCCCCGAGCAGGAGCCCCCGGUGCCUUAUCGCCCAGCUACGAUGGGGGUCUCCACGGCCUGCAGAGCAAGAUGGAGGACCACCUGGACGAGGCCAUCCAUGUUCUGCGCAGUCACGCUGUGGGCACAGCGGGGGACGCGCUCGGGCUGCUGCCCGGCCCCGGGGCGCUGGCCUCGGGCUUCGCCGGCCCUGUCCUGCCGCUGGGCGCGCGGCACGCCGGCCUGGUGGGAGGCGGCCACUCGGAGGAUGGCCUCUCCGGCAGCGGCGGGCUCGUGCACAACCACGUGGCCCUCCCCGACCUCGCCCGGCCGUCUGACUCCUAUGGUGAUCUCGGGCGCGGCGCCGCCCCGGGGCCCGGCGACAUCAAGCGGGAGGAGCGGGAGGACGAGGAGAACGCGGCGGCCGACACCACGGAGGAGGAGAAGAAGGACCUGCAGGCCCCGCGCGCCCGGACCAGCCCGGACGAGGACGAGGACGGCCUUCUCCCCCCAGAGCAGAAGGCUGAGCGGGAGAAGGAGCGCCGGGUGGCCAAUAACGCGCGGGAGCGGCUGCGGGUCCGGGACAUCAAUGAGGCCUUUAAGGAGCUGGGGCGCAUGUGCCAGCUGCACCUCAACAGUGAGAAGCCCCAGACCAAACUGCUCAUCCUGCACCAGGCCGUGUCGGUCAUCCUGAACCUGGAGCAGCAGGUGCGAGAGCGAAACCUGAACCCCAAAGCGGCCUGCUUGAAGCGCCGGGAAGAGGAGAAGGUGUCGGGCGUGGUCGGAGACCCCCAGAUGGUGCUGUCGGCCGCCCACCCCGGCCUGGGUGAGGCCCACACCCCCGCCGGGCACAUGUGACGGGAACGCCGCCCAGACGAGUGGCCGCCCACCUCGGUCUAACCUGGGACGGUCACGCCGCGUGCGGGGUCCGCACCGCGCGCCGCCCGUGCGCGGCCUCGAGCCAACGCCGGCCAGGGGGCUCCGGAGGCAACCGCACCGCCAGGUCUCUGGUCUCUUGGCUCCUGAGACUGCGAGUUGACCCUGCCGCCCAGGCCUGGACGGCAAGGAGUAUUUGGGGGAGUUUCGUUAUCUACGUUUUGUGACCCAAGAAAAAUGGAUGCCUUAAUGAUGACACCCGAAGACUUUAUACCGUUCAUGGGAGAAAUGAACGGACUAGCUUGUUUAGCUACCACCAGCAACUCCGUGCCUACGCCUGAGGUUUUUUGUUGGUUUUUUUUUUUAAGAAAAAUAAAAGGAACUUUAGUUAUCAGAUUUUUUUUUUUAAUGUAGAAGAAAAGUAGUAAGAAUGCCUUUGUUUUCUUUUUUUAGCUUUUUUUGCAUAUUUUUUUAAGCAACAAAUUUUUUUGUAUAAAAGGCUCGUUUCUCUUGUUAUUUCUGCUGCUGUUCCUAGAAAUGAGCGUUGCAUUUCAUGAUCAACCAGAUUAUUAAAAGUUGUAUGAAAAAGACGCCAGGACUUUCCCUGGCGGUCCAGUGGUUAAGACUCCGUGCUCCCAAUGCAGGGGGCCCGGGUUGGAUCCCUGGUCGGGGAACUAAGAUUCCUGCAUGCCGUGUGGCAUGGCCACAAUAUAAAAAGACCCCAUAUAAACCUGAGGUUCCCCCCCCCCACCCCGGGAGCCACUGGACCAGGGACGGCAGGUGCCAUCCAGUUUGGGUUCUAGUGUGGGGCACUUGUUUGUUUUUGCUACCUGGGCCUUUCCCUGGUGAGGGCCUUGCCCCGUGCCAUCUGCUGCCCGCCCUCAGGAAGGGGGACACCCUAGUGGGGGUGCCUCUAAGGAGGCAGGGAUGCUCCCCACACAGCCAACGUUCCUCCCCUGCAAACAGCCACGGUCCCCCAAGCCCCUGCCGGCGGCCUGCCCACCCCACACCCCUCCGAGCCCUGGGACCUCUCCAAGAAGGGACUCUGUGAGGACCAGCAUUCCUGGGCCCGGGCCCGCACCUCUGAGCACGGUGCUGGGGGCCUCCCUAAACACCCUGUCCUUCAUUUGUCUGACCAGGGGACCUGAAGCUAUUCUCUGAACUCUGCACAGAACCCCCUUGCUCCUCAGGUGGUCGUCCUCUUGUGGCCUGGGGAAGGCACAGGGUCCCCCUGCCCAGAAAGGCCGCCAGGCUGCACCUCUGUCGGGGUUUACACCCAGCUGCAAACCAGGAGAGUGGGCUGCCCUCAGGCCCUGGGCACCAGCUCCCAGGCUUCCCUGAGUACCCCUCUCUCCCAUGUGUUCAGGGGAACCCACCUGGCCUGGGCUGCCUCAGACUGUCCCAGGUUUAAGCGGAAAGUCCGGAGUGGUGGGUCACCCUCUGUGUCACCUGGGUGUGGGGUCAGGCCUGCUGAGGUCUCACCUGCCCUCCCUCUACCCCCUGCAUAGAGGCCUUAUGGACUCCCAGGCUGAUGGCAUGCACCCCACCCUAUCAGCAUCCCAGGUGUCUCCCCCCAAGACCCCCUCCCUCACUCCCCAAAGCACCAGGGCUACCUGACCCCCCCCCCAAGACUGGAACUCCCCAUGGUUGGGGACCGGGUGCCCCACGGGAUGCAUGAGGGAACCCCAAGGCUAGCAUGGGCAGGACAUCCCAGCUUGGGGUGGGGGCCACCUUUGGACCCCUGGGGUCUGCCCCGAGACCAGUCAGGGGACCCCCUGGUGUGUGGGUCUUGUCUCUCUUUGGGAACCUGCCUCAGUUUCCCUCUGUCUCUGGCCUUACCCACGGACGCAGAUGGGCAGGGGCCGAAGAGCCUCUGCGGGCCCCCCAAGGUCCACAGACUUUUGAACUGUGUAUUACAUAUAUAAUUUAAGUUUUAUAUAUUUUAUAUAUAUAAUGAGAUUCACCCAGCGCGGGGAUAAAGUAGCCUUGGGGGAGGGGAAGAACCACAAGUACGGGGAAAAUUGUGCUCUGAGUGCCUCAGGAUAACUGAUUUUUUUAAAAAAGAAAAAAACAUUUUUUUAAGUAAAAUUUUAUACAAGUGUCAACACAGCUGGCUGGGUUCUUUGGGAUUUUUAAUAACCAUCCUCUCUAAAGUGGAUUUGGAGACGUGUCCUGUACAUAACAGCACUGUAGCAAUAAAUGACAUUUUAUGACAAUA